UAUCUAAGCGGGUAAGCGGAUCCAUGAAUAAAAUGGGAACUGAUUUCCCAAACUUGGAUGGUCCAUCUCUGUUGUCUCUCCUUCAAACUCCAUGGCUGCAAUUGCCCCUCUUUCUCUACUUCGGAACUGUGCAGCAUCUACUGCAAGAACUUUUGUGUCGGUGAAACCCGCCUGCAUCGUUUCUUCCACUACCCUCUUUCCCCUACCUCAUCUCUCUAGAAGAUUGCAGUUUCAUGCUAGGGCUACAAACAAUGAAGAGGCUGCUGCCAGGGCAGCUGCAGUCAAUGCCGACAGUGGAGCUCCAACCAUAUUUGACAAGAUCAUAGCUAAGGAAAUCCCAUCAAGCAUUGUUUACGAGGAUGAAAAGGUCCUUGCAUUUCGAGACAUUAAUCCAGAGGCUCCAGUUCAUGUUUUAAUCAUUCCAAAGUUUAGGGAUGGACUGACACAGCUUGGGAAGGCUGAAGCAAGGCAUGGAGAGAUACUGGGUCAGCUUCUCUAUGCUGCCAAAAUGGUGGCAGAGAAAGAAGGUAUCCUUGAUGGGUUUCGUGUUGUCAUAAACAAUGGUCCAGAAGCCUGUCAAUCUGUUUAUCAUCUCCACUUGCAUGUCCUUGGUGGGAGACAGAUGAAGUGGCCACCUGGUUGAAGAUCUUAAAAACUUGCCUGGUAAAACUUAAGAACCCCCCCAAACCCCCACCUUUUUUUUUUCCUUCUUUCCAUGGUACGUAGCUGGUACGCUAUGUAAAGUUUAAUUACUGGGUGAAAUAUUUGGUACAUGAUGCGGAGGAUUUGUUCCCAAACCUUGGAAGAUCUGGCCCUAAAAACUAGAAAAGUUACUAGAUAGAGGCUUUUCCUCAAGGACUAGUGAAUUGAAUGGGAAAAAAAAUGGGUCGAGUAGCCAACAUAAGUUAAGACAUGAGGCUUUGUUUCAGUUGGAUAAACUAUAGAGUGAUAUGCCUUUUAAGUUUAUAUU